AUGGACACUACUCUCGGACAAGUGCUUUCCGCACUCCUUCCAUUUGAGGUCCCCCAAAUAGCGACCGUAGCUGGUGAGAUUCUAAAAGAGCUGGAAUAUUUGCAGUAUCAUGGCAUUGUCCACAGUAACCUUAACCCCAUGAACAUCCUACUCAAUUAUGAUGGAGAAGUUAAGAUCGCCGACUUUUCUCAUUCCGAACAAAUGAGGAUCAAUGACGAUCUCAAGAGCCUCGGCAACAUAUUUAUCGAGAUAGUCAAACCUGGUGCCCAUUUGCUUGCCUUAAUUAGAGAUACUGAUGUUAUGCAAAGAAACACAUCUCUAUAUACAUCAGAGAUGUCCGAAUUCUUGUCCGCAAUAGGGGGUUUAAUGACGGCAUUGGCGGUCAGGAAGGUAAAUCCCACCCUCCCCUAUGUCGCCACAAACAAAAGUGUAAACAUCAAAGUAGAUGAAGUUUCUCUAGAAUUCGCAUGGGUUACGGAUAUUACAGCCUAA